AUGGGAUGUUUUGCUGCCUGUUUUGGAACUUGGAAGCAUAAAAAACGCUUACAGGCAUGUGGUGAAGCUCCUCUCAAGAAUCAGUCUUUAUCUCCCUGCCAUGAAAUUCAAGAAGCAGUCAAGCUUUUAACUGCUAAAUCCCUAAAAGAAGGGGAGAGUGUAAAUCCCAUUUCAGAAUCUGUAGGUAUAAAUGAAGAGGAGCUGAAUAGUAGUGCCAGUGAGAAAGUUACAUUUAAUGAUUGGAACAAGGAUGGCCUGACCAACAUUCUUGAGAGUAAUUUGGUGAAAAAUGAAAAUGAGAAAGUGGGAAGGGAGAAGGAGAAAUGCGAAGAAGACGGCUCAGAUUCAACUGUGUCAAGCCUUAUAUCAUAUACUCCAAACCAUAAAGUCCUAACAAACAUUGUUGAGAGUAAUUUGGUGAAAAACGGAAACGAGAAAGUUAAAAAAAAGAGAGAAACAGGCAAAGACUACGAUUCAGAUUCGACUGCAUCAAGCCUUAUGUCAUAUCCUCCAAACCACAGUGGUAUGUUGAAUAAGUUUGAAUCUUGUUCAUUGUAUUGUCCAGUCGUGUCUACUAAUGAGCAGAAAGCAUGCCAUAGCCUCAAGAGUGCUUGUUGUGAUGGAAAAAGCUCACAGAAGGACUUGGAAGAAUGCAAUUCUUUGGAUCAUUUCAAAGGGAAUGUUGAUGGAGGAAUAGGUGAUUGUGGGUUCAUACAAGAAGAAGAGUUCUCUGAAUCACUGUUUUCUUUAUCAAUAGAUUCAAGAAAACAUUUUUCUGCUGCUGAAAUGGGGGAAAAGGAGGUAAUUAGUCCAUUAAAACCUGCUAAUUCUGUAUUGAAUUCUGUAGAAAAUCUUAGCCAAAAGAAAUUUGUGAAGGUGAAAACAGCAAGUACUACAUUAUUGAAUCGAGAAGAAGAAAAAGAGAAUAUAAAUUUGGAGCCAGAUCUUAAGCAAUCAAUUCAGCAGCCUAAACUAGAAUCUGAUAAUGAGAUUGCUGUUGAAACUAGUCUUUCGAGCUGGUUAGUUGAAUCUGAAAAAUCAUUCAAGAAUGAAAAUAGUCCAAGUUCUGUUGGGAAUUCUUCUGAGAGGUCCAAGUCUUUGAAAAGCUUUGGAAAUAGGCCAGUUUUGGAGGAACUCACUUGUAAAGAGUUCGAUGAAUCUUUGUCCUCUCAACAAACUUGGAGCCAUGGGUCGGAUGAUGUUCCCGGUAUUGGUACAAUAGGGAGGUAUUGGCAGCAUACAUGGAGGGUGACCGACGUGGACUGA